AUGAACUUCAAUCUUCCAGAUGAGCUCCAAAAGUACAUUUCCCAGCUGGACGUGUUCAUCCAGGACAAGAUACUCCCCCUCCAGCACAAAGAUGACAACAACCGCUUCUUCGACCACCGUCGGGAGCCGUCACGCACCCAGUGGGACAACCAAGGCCUACCCACCCCCGAAUGGGAGAAUCUACUCGACCAAGCCCGCGCCCUCGCCGAUGAGGCAGGUUUCUACCGAUUCCCCCUCCCUAAACAGUAUGGCGGGCAGGACCACCCAGACUCCAAUCUCUGGAUGUGCGCACUCCGUCUGCACAUGGCCUCGCACCCGGUCUACGGCGGGGGUGUGAGCCUUGCCAACGACCUGCAGAACGAGCACAGCGUCGUGGGCAAUUUUCCCGACUUUCUGAUGCUGUAUCAUUGGGGUACUGAGCGCCAAAAAGCCGAGCUUAUUCCUGCUCGGCUGCGGGGCGAGUUUCGGAUGACGUUUGGCCUGACUGAGAUGCACCAUGGCAGCGAUGCGACACAUAUGGACACGCGUGCGGUACGGUGCCGUUUGUCUGGAAACGACAGCAACGGCGACAAUGUGCCAGCUUGGAGCAUCUCGGGCAACAAGAAGUGGCAGACGGGCGCGCACAGUGCCACACACAUGCUCAUCUUUGCGCGAACGUCAUCGACAGAAGGGGAAGGCAUCACGGCCUUUAUCGUGCCGAAGGACACCCCGGGCGUGACGAUCGCAUCGUACGAGUACACCCUCAACAUGCCCACCGACCACGCCACGGUUCUCUUGGAAGACGUGCGCGUGCCCGAGGGCGCGGUCCUGGGCCAGGUGGGAAAGGGUCUCGCCAUCGCGCAGACGUUCACGCACGAGAACCGCAUCCGCCAGGCGGCCAGCUCGUGCGGCGCGGCGCGGUUCUGCAUCGGCAGGAGUGUCGAGUAUGCGCGCCAGAGAGUCGUCUUUGGAAAACCGCUGGCUGUCAACCAGGCGAUCCAGUGGCCCUUGGUCGAGCUGGCGACGCAGGUGGAGAUGCUGCGGCUGUUGAUCCUGCGGACGGCCACGGAGAUGGACGAGAUCCAGAAGCACUAUAUCCCGCCUUGGGUGGCUAUCGAGAGAGAGCUCGGCCACAAGAUCAGCAUGUGCAACUUCUGGGCGAACAGGCUUGCCACCGAGGCAGCGGAUAAUGCGAUCCAGGUCCACGGCGGAAAUGGGUACAGCAGACACCAGCCGUUUGAGCACAUCUGGCGGCACUUUAGGAGGUAUCGGAUUACGGAAGGGAGCGAGGAGGUACAAAAGCGCAGAGUUGCUGGGUACCUGUUUGGCUUCAAGAACGGAGGCGGAGGAGCAAAGAAAUCAACUGGUGAAAUCGCAGCAAAGUUAUAA